AUGGCAGGCUCCUUUCCCGACGUCUCGCUCCCGAACAGCUCCUUCUUCAAUAUCUAUACCGAUGGCGGAUCAGUAGCCAGGACAUCGCCCGCUCCUGCGCUGCCGGGCGGGCAAUGCAACUUCGUGGAUCUAGCACAUGGCGCCAAUGGCCCGAAAUGCGGUUGCCGCCGUUUCUGGAGUCGCAACGCGUUGGGACUCAACAACGGCUUUUCUGACCACUCCAUCGCGCUUAGCAAUGGCGGCAGCCAUAUUGAUCAAUCUGCUUUUUGCAUGUGCUCCCACCAUGCAUGUUAUCAUGAUGACAUUCAGCCCGCUACCCAACAAGGACCUUUUACUGCGCCCAUCAUCAAUUCCGCCGGCCAAGAGAAUGAAAAGCCACGAGCUGGACGGGAACCUCUCACCCCAGUGAUGCCGGACAUGUCGUUUCAGGUCCCCCCUCCUGUUGCGAACCAAUCCAUGGAACAGAACACAAUUGAUAACAAUGCCUCUUUCUCUACAAAUAUUCACCAGGAUGUCCAACUAUUUGGAAAUGAUGAGGAUCCAGCACCGCCAGCCGAGGCAUCUAUUCCGGAUACUAUGAGCUGGACCAACCUGCUCCAGUCACAACCAAACUACCAGGGAGAUGUAGCUCCGUCUAUUGCAAGCCAGUGCCUGCAACCGGCGUCUCAGCCAAGUUCAACCACAUCAUCUACUCGGUUGGCUUAUCUGAAGCCAUUUGGCGGCAAAGGCCUCAACACAUUCAGCACGCCGAGAUCCAAACUGCGCGAGGCCCUUCAAAUUACCCCCGAUCCAGAGGAUCGUAGAACACAGCAUGAUUCAGUGAAUCGCAAUGCUGCACCAUCCAUUGAUGACCUGCAGACGGUCACAAAUACUCCAAGGUCAACACGGUCUGGGCGACGUGCUGAUGUGCCGAGCCAAUUAUCUCAACCGGCGCGGACAGAACCCCGGCGCACGGAGUUUCAAGAACUUGCAAAUACGGUGCAAGGCCACGAGGAAAGGAUCGAGAGGCUGGAGACUGUAUCCUUCCAGAAUGAUCACGAGGAUUGCCGUGACCAGCAUGAACAGACAGACUUGCGUGUCACUGAGCUCACCUCACGUGUCGAGGAACUGGAAAAGACGCUCAACGAUGGAAGUAGUGUUGUCUCGAGCCACUAUCAUACAUCUCGUCACAGACUGGACCAAUCGGCAGCUAGUGUGGCCUCGGUUACCACCACUGGUAGUGGGCGGACAGAUCGCGCAGAGAUGCAGAAUGAGCUUGCCCUUUUGAAAGCGCAGCUCAACCACCUCCAGGCCUCAUCAUUCCCGACUGCCUCCAAGCCUUGGGAGGUUGAGGUGGUAUUUCUCCCUUUCCCUCUGAAAGGUGUAUGGUACCAAUCCCGAGAUUUUCCAAGCCAGCGCACCUCGGGGGCGACCAUUGUCGACCACGAUGAGUGGACUCAGAUGCCCAACAGUUCAUCAACAAUAGAAACACAACUUCCCGACCUGCACGAGUGGGCUGGCCCCGAGCUCCAAUCAGAGUGGCUUCUGCCAAGAGCUUGUGCACCAGGCAAUGUGGUGGACCUUCGACUCCGAAGCCGUGGACUUAUAAAGAACGUUGUGGUUCGAAGCCCCGACGCUCGCAGCGUGCAACAAGCCGUGUCUGCUGCUUUUGGGACUCUCUUUCGCACCUUUUCGCGUUUACAAGCCAACGUCCAUCAUGGCUCAACAACGCAUCACCGAAUGUCAAGGUUUUUUGGCCUCAAACAGCCGUGGAUACCGCUUCGCAAGAUCCACAAGGACUCACGCCUACGCUUCCUGUCUCCUGAUGAGAUGGUCACGUCAACAAGCUGGGACGUCUCCUUUCUCAGCUCUAGCGUUGUCAUGAAGGCCACCGGUGUCCACCGGCUCUAUAUCACGCAACCAGAAGCUUACUUGCAAGAUCAAGAUGCCUACGAUAAUGGCUGGAGCUGGCAGCGUCUCCGAGAGUUAAGCCGAGUCUACCCCGACUCACAAGGCAGCCAGCUGGAGGUUCCCGAAGCUGACGCCAUGGAAACGUACUGGACCUGGAAUGACAAACUAGACGAGAAUUCCUCGAGCCAAGACAGUAUGCACUCUCUCAGCCUACGACAGGCUGCCCAACCCCGACUCAAGUCACGAACGCCAAGCCAACAUUUGCUGCACAUGAGUCGCUCUGGCCCGUCUCCUUCCUUGUCGUCGAGCCGUAGUCGUGCAGCAUCGCCAGCCAUUCUGAGAGAACGCAAGUCAUCCAUCCCAAGACCGAUUCGCGUUCGCACAACGUCUAUGCCACCGACUCUCCCUCCCUUGGCAUCGCCCUCGCAGGGAAGGCGGCGCAUGGCUACUGCAACAUUUGGUACCAUUCAACAGCAUUAUUUCGAACGUCGACCAUCACCACAACUACUUCGCGCCAGUACUGGCUCGGCCCUCGCACUCACCAGAGCAAGUCGGAGGCGAAGCACUAGGUCUCCUUCGGUCCCGCUUUCUGCUCGUCUUAGAAACACGCCUCGAUGGAGCGCAGCGAGUCCAAGUCCCCUCUUGGCCACCAUGAACAUUGGCGAGCCUUUUGCCAUAAUCAGCGGUGAAGGUGAAGUGCAUGCCGCGUGUCGCCAGACUACUCCUUACUACUAUGCUACGCCGCAUAGUAAUGCCCCUCAUGUCGAGUCGAGGUCCUAUCGGGGUAUGAUGGACAUUGAAGACGACCAUGGAAGCGGUACAGACUACUCAUACGAGGACGGCCAAGAUGACACUGAAGCCGAAUCCGAUGAGGAUGAUGAAGCCAUGCUCGAUCUUGGCCACCCCCGUCGCAUCCGCGAAGAGUCGGAGUGGCCAGAAUGGGAGGGCGUCCAGCAGCGCCGCCCCGAAGACGAGGUGCUGGUCGGCAUCGAGGACGUGGAGAAUCGCGACCCAGAAGACCUGGCCCAUGACAGCGACGUCGAGGACGAGGAAAAUCGCGAUCCCGAAGACCUUGCUUGCCGCGACGUUGAAAUCUACGAGGAUCUGGAUGACAGGAUGGAAGCUUCAGAUGACGAUGCCGAGAAUCAGGACGAUGGCCAGUGCAGCAGCGGCCCCUCGGAAUAUUCCACCAGGCAACACGCUUGGCCCGACAUCGACAAUACCCGAGACUUCCCGGUCUUUGAUGAGACGAAUGGAUGA